UCUAACUGGCCACACUCAGCCUCCCCAAGAUUGAAAUCAAGGGGCCUGGCGUGCCACCACAAUGGGGCCUUCUUAUCGGUCCUCAAAAAAGAAUUUCUCUUCUCCCUCCUCUCUCCUUUCCUCAGCCUGGAGUGAGACUCCUAGAGACUCUUCAGGCCUCUUCCUGGUGUCAGGAUUGUCUGACCCUCUCCUGACCUCAGUGUUUACCUCCCAACCCCCUAUAAUAAUAAUGGUUGAUUUGUGUGUAGCACUUGCAAACACUCCCUUUCUAUCAGCAAGCCCAGUUUAUCCCCAGUGCUCUGCAGCUCUGUGAGGUAGCUGGGGUGUGGAGAGACUGGCCGUACACUUCACUCACUAACUGUAGCAGGGUGAAGGACCCAAAGGCCAUGCAUGCAGGGACGUUGUCUGUGUGACCAGGGUUGACCCCCUCACUGUUGCUCCUCAGACCCCACCCUUUUCCAGCUGGGGUCUCUCCCUUGACUCCUGAAGCCAGCACUCUUCUGGGUCCUGUCACCUCCUGCUGGCUGCAUAAAGCCAACAGAGCCAAGACACUGGUUCCCUGCUCCCCCAAAGUCUCUCUAAUCUCACCAAGGGGAACUUGUGACUUAUUAAACUCUGUGCUUUCUUCCUUCUUACACCCAUGGGUCUCAAGUUCAGCAUGUGUAGAGAGACAAGUAUUUCCAGACCAAAUCUCCAAUAAUCAAUCAGAGAACUGUACCGUUAUCUAAACGUGAGACCUUGACAAUGAGCUGGCUAGGCAGAGGAUAUGUUUGUAGGCAUUUAUCUUUGUGACUGUGUGUUUGUGUUUUGUUUUUUGCACAGGACAUAUCAUGUUUAAGACCACUCUUUGAAAGAAACCACACACACAUACACACACACACACACACACACACACACACACACACACACACACACAAACACUCCCCUCUCUCUCUCUCUGUCUCUCUCUCUGUCUCUCUCUCUCUGUCUCUGUCUCUCUCUCUGUCUGUCUCUCUCUGUCUCUGUCUGUCUCUCUCUGUCUCUGUCUUUCUCUCUCUGUCUGUCUCUCUCUGUCUCUCUGUCUCUCUCUGUCUCUCUCUCACACACACACACAACCCCAAACAAAUCUCCCUGAACUACUGUGACUGUUUGAUGUGCUCAGAGAAACUCUAUUGCUGUCACCUUGGGUGACAGUGGAUAUAGGCUGAGGUUCGAGAGCCUAUGAGCUCUCUUUUGCUUGAUGAUUUUGUCCCCCAGCCCCUCUCUCCUCCAUGGGAUUGUUUACCAGGAAUCAGAAAUGCGUGCUUCUCAACCUGCUUGUGUUAGGCCACUUGUGUUUGUGAUCACAAUCAGGAGAUACUUGCAGUGAAUCAGAGGGAGGAGGAGAGUGCUUUCUAUGAAGACGGAAUUCAAAGUGUGGGUAUGACUCAAUGAAGACGAAACACUAGGAAAUGAUUCUCUCCCUCCCUCUCUCUCUCUCUCUCUCUCUCUCUCUCUCUCUCUCUCUCUCUCUUUGUUUUUUCAGCGCUUUCCCGCACUCAGUUCCCCCAGCACCUGCCACAGCGCCUGGAGUGUCAAGGCAUCCAUAAUAAGGGCUUAUAAUUUCUGAGCCCUUAACCACUCGUCAGACACUCAGCUAAGAGCAUCCACAUUCUUGCUCCUCCGUUCUCACUGUAGGUCUAGGGAGUCGGAUCUAUUUUUAACCUCAUUACUGAUGACGACACUGGAGAUUCAGACAGGCGGAGAUCCUGGGUCUCUGACUCUGAGCCCCGUGUUCCUCUCUUUGGGUCACACAUCCUUGCUAAGCAUCUAGAGCGUGUGUGCAUGCAUGGCAUGUCUGUAGAGAGACUUCUGAAUGCUUGCAGCCCUCUACCCUUUUGCCACUUGGAGCUGUAACUGGCGGACCAGGUUAAUGAAGGGAAGUCUCCAUGGCAACGAAAGAAGGCAGAAGAAGUAUUUUCUUCUGAAUGGGAAGCUGCUCCCUUCAGCCAUGCAUAGAGAGUGGCUGGAGGGGGGCUCCACGCAGGUGUAGCUCUUUGAUGGGGGCCAGGUGCAGGGUCUCCUCAGAUGGAGGACAAUAAAGCAAGAAACCCAAGUGAGGCUCAGCUCUGCCUUUUCCUCUGCGGAGGAGGAAGGGAUAGAAGAGGGGUGUCCCAGCAGCCCCCUCUCCCCUGGCUUCUGCUUCUGCCUCAAAGCUUUCACUAGUUCCCCUCAUCCACACCCAGCAGUUACUAUGUGCAGAGUGCCAUGGGUUCGAAGAGCCAGGGACUAUGGGAAGUACACGGGGCACUGGGACUUUAGCUGGGUUGGAGGUUGGUUUUCCCAAAUAUGUGGCAUUCUACCUGAGGCACUGGGUGCGGGGUGAUGUCAGGAACAUUGCCACAUUCCAGGACUGACUAGAGUAAGGCUAAGAGAAACAGCAUACGUAGGGUGGAGACCAGGACCAGAGACUUGAAGGUUAGGACAGGAGCUUAGAACAGAUCUGAAGAGAGUGGGAAGUCAUCUGGAUUUGAAGAGAGGAACAGGUGACUGGAAAUGUUUUCCAAUGAGGCCUUGGAAACCUUUGAAGCUAUGGUCUAAAUAGACAGUGGACCAGUGUCCCCCACCCCCACCCCACCCCCCUUAGCAGUGAAGCCUGACCUCUGGAAUCCCUUUGCUGUGUGCUAUGACUCCCUGCAAAGUAAGAUAUGGAAACAGUAACCAAGGGUGAAGCAUCCAGAUGGGGCAUGAAAGUCCUUUUCUGCCAUUGUGCAUCUAAUCAGGAGAGAGAAAUGUUCCAAAGAGAAACUGCAUUAUAAGGAGUCAUUAUACAGCAACUCACAGAGCACGCAUCAGGUCGGGAGAAUACAGCAGGGAUCUCAGAGUCAGUACCUGACCCUGGUGUAUGUGGCAUGGCAGGCACUGUUUUCCCUGAUGGUCCAUUCUUCCUCAGUAACAUGCUCCUUUAAGCUACUGUGUGGCUGGGGAGAGAUGGAAGAGGAAAAAAGUGUCUACACCUCUCUAAGGCUGGGAUGGAAACAGACCCGAGUGGGGCUGCUGGCACUCAGGGAGAGCUUUCUACAAAGCCAGGUUGCAUCCUGUUUCUGACUGGUUAGCCUAGGUUUGUGGCCCUUUAAGGCAAGGACUUCUCAUGGAAAUCAAGACUUUUGAGGGUGCUGGAUAUCCCCAGGAUUCUGGCCUUCCUGGAGAAGGGAAACGCCCAAGGCCAUGAAGCCAUUAAUGUAGGAAGCUCUGGUUGGCUAUUAGCCAGCUAUAAUGUCCCCUCAUGGCAAGGUCUGUUACCUCUCUGUCAAUGCCCAAAAGGGACUGUGGUGGUGGUGGUGUGAUCAGAAUCCUUCAUUUAUCUUAAGGCUCUGGGAAAGAAGCAUGAAAAUUUAAGCUGGCCACAAGGUGGCGCCAAACACCAAGCCGACACAUUACGUUUUCUCCUCUAGUUCCCCAAGGGGGUUCAGUGGGCUCCACAUAAGCUCUGCUUGUUUCUCUGAACCCAGGACAAAGGCCUUCUAAAGGACUGGGGAGAGCCCGACUCCUCAGCCAGAUCUUAGAGUGGAGACAGAAGCUUGACACUAGGAAUUUAUCAAUUUCCCCCAGAACUGGGGUAACUCUCUUAGUCACCCCAAAGUUAGAAACCUUCUCCCAGACCCCAGGAGGAGAGGAGCAGGGGAAAGUGGAGAUGUUAAGGGUCAGAGACUGGGACAAUGUCCGCACUACAGGUACAGGAAGGCAAUGGUGGCUUUGGGCCUCCCUCCUUUUCCCCUCGGAUGGCCCCAGCUGUCUACUGCUGCCUGCUUUCUUCUCUCCUUCCCCACAGAAACAUCUGUGGACCUUUUUUUUUGAGGUGGCACAAAGGAAAACCUUGAUGUAGUCACUAUGGGUGUCAGACCGGGGAUCUGCAUCUGCUGAGAGAUCCUGAGGAAUGUGGACGGUGGGCAUGGACGUCUCUCUACUCCUCAAUGUGGAGGGUGUCAAGAAGACCAUUCUGCAUGGGGGGACGGGAGAGCUCCCCAGCUUCAUCACUGGCUCUCGAGUGACCUUUCAUUUCCGCACAAUGAAGUGUGAUGACGAGCGCACGGUGAUCGAUGACAGCAAGCAGGUGGGCCAGCCCAUGAGCAUCAUCAUCGGCAACAUGUUCAAGCUGGAGGUGUGGGAGACGCUGCUGACCUCCAUGCGGCUGGGCGAGGUGGCUGAGUUCUGGUGCGACACCAUUCACACAGGGGUCUACCCUAUGUUGUCCCGCAGUCUGCGGCAGGUGGCUGAGGGCAAGGACCCCACAAGCUGGCAUGUGCACACGUGCGGGUUGGCCAACAUGUUUGCAUACCACACGCUGGGCUACGAGGACCUGGAUGAGCUGCAGAAAGAGCCACAGCCUCUUGUCUUCCUGAUUGAACUGUUGCAGGUGGAGGCCCCAAAUGAGUACCAGAGGGAGACGUGGAACCUGAAUAAUGAAGAGAGGAUGCAGGCGGUACCUCUUCUUCAUGGAGAAGGCAACAGGCUCUACAAGCUGGGACGCUAUGAUCAGGCCGCCACCAAGUACCAGGAGGCCAUUGUGUGCCUGAGGAACCUUCAGACCAAGGAGAAGCCCUGGGAGGUUGAGUGGCUGAAGCUGGAGAAGAUGAUCAACACCCUGAUCCUCAACUACUGCCAGUGCCUGCUGAAGAAGGAGGAGUACUACGAGGUGUUGGAGCACACCAGCGACAUUCUACGACACCACCCAGGGAUCGUGAAGGCCUACUAUAUGCGCGCACGUGCUCACGCAGAGGUGUGGAACGCUGAGGAGGCCAAGGCGGACCUGGAGAAAGUGCUGGAGUUGGAGCCAUCCAUGCGCAAGGCGGUGCUCAGGGAACUGCGGCUGCUGGAGAGCCGCCUGGCGGACAAACAGGAGGAGGAGCGGCAGCGCUGCCGGAGCAUGCUGGGCUAGGCUGGGCUGGAUUCCACUGAGUUAGACUGGGUUAGGUUGGGUGGGAGCUGCGGGUUGAAGCCCUGGGGCGAGGGCUGGGGCUAUGGACUGGGUAUCGGUAGGCACGCUGCUCCUCUUGCUGCAGGGUACCCCAGGGGAGGUGUUCUUGGCUACCAGGAGGCUACCAGUGACUUCUCUGCAUUCUCACAGCCCGUGGGCUACCCGUGCAGCAAGCAUAGAUUGGGCAUCCCUGGUUCAAUUAACCAGGUCUUUGAUGUCACUUUUAAGCGCAUAUCCGUAUUAAAUCACAUUAAGACUAAUGUCUUAGGGCUGGGGAUAUAGCUCAGUGGUAGAGAGCUUGUUUAGCAAACCUGGAGCCCUGGGGUUGAUUUCUGACACAAAUAAAUAGAUGCACACAUAAAUAAAUGCAUUUUGUGAGAUCAAAGUCAUAGAUGCCCAUGGAAAAUCAAAGCCCCUCCCCCAAACCUCAAAUUAACAAAGGGCACAGGACAACUACCAUUCCUUAGCUCAGUUGUAAUAAACAAACUUUUAAAAAAAGAUUUAUUUGAUUUUA